GCGGAGCCAGAACGGCUCAGGGGGCGGGCGUUUGAAACCGGUGCUUCGGCGUGCACCCUCAGUUUCAUGUUGUGCGUUUGACAACCGAUUACUUAAAUCUCUUGCGUCUUUUCCUUUCCCGACCCCCUCCCAGCCUCUUCGCUGCGGUUCUGCGAGGACGGAUGGCGCCAGGGAGCCGGUCCGCGUCCCUCAAGCGUGAGAUCUGAGGAGAGCCUGCCACCUGACCGACCCAACGGCUCCUGCUCCUCAGUAGAGCCCGCAGCCUAGGGACUAGAGUUGUCACUUAAGUGGAUAUGAAGAAGGCGCAAAUAAGUACGGGGGCAGCCACGAGCUUUCUAAAGAUUUUGUUUUAGUCACUUCCCUGAAGACAUUCUUCUACACUCCAGUCUACACAAUCAGGUAGACAAGAAGAGCAAAAAACCGGGUCCCAACUGAGCAACGCAGCAGAGGCUGAAGCUGCCUUAGCCCACCGAGCCUGACAGCCAGAGUGCUGGCUCUUAGCUAGUCAGCAAGCCUAAGGAAAGCCAGUCCCAUCAUUUAUACAGAAGCUGGCCAGUAGAUUCUGCUACAUCACACCCACAACAAUUCAUUUGUUAAAAAAAUUCUACUUCCUCUGUGCAUAUAGAGGAGUUUGGUGUUUAAAUUGGAAGCUAUGCGGUCUAAGUCCAACUGUUCUCAGAAUCCAAAUUGCAGCAUAAUGAUAUUUCGUCCAACCAAGGAAGAGUUUAAUGAUUUUGACAAAUACAUCGCCUACAUGGAGUCCCAAGGGGCACAUCGAGCCGGCCUGGCCAAGGUCAUCCCGCCCAAGGAGUGGAGAGCCAGGCAGUCCUAUGAGGAUGUCUCAGAUCUCCUGAUAGCCACGCCCCUGCAGCAAGUGGUCUCUGGGCACGCGGGUGUGUUCACACAAUAUCAUAAGAAGAAGAAAGCCAUGACAGUGGGGCAGUACCGUCACCUAGCCAACAGUAAAAAAUACCGGACCCCACCACACCUGAAUUUUGAAGAGUUGGAGAGAAAAUACUGGAAAAAUCGCCUCUAUGGGUCACCAAUUUAUGGUGCCGAUGUCAGCGGCUCCCUGUUUGAUGGGAAGACUCAACAUUGGAAUGUGGGACACCUGGGAACAAUUCAGGACCUAUUGGAACAGGAAUGUGGCAUUGUGAUCGAGGGCGUCAACACGCCCUACCUGUACUUUGGCAUGUGGAAGACCGCGUUUGCGUGGCACACGGAGGACAUGGACCUGUACAGCAUCAACUACCUGCACUUUGGGCAGCCCAAGACGUGGUAUGCUGUGCCCCCUGAGCAUGGCCAGCGCCUGGAGCUCCUGGCCAGGGACCUCUUCCCUGCCAGCUCCCGGGGCUGCCAGGCCUUCCUGAGGCACAAGGUGGCGCUCAUCUCGCCCACCGUGCUCAGGGAGAAUGGCAUCCCCUUUGGCCGCAUGACCCAGGAGGCUGGCGAGUUCAUGGUCACUUUUCCCUAUGGCUACCACGCCGGCUUCAACCACGGCUUCAACUGUGCGGAGGCCAUCAACUUCGCCACCCCGCGGUGGAUCGACUACGGCAAGGUGGCGUCUCAGUGCAGCUGUGGGGAGGCUCGGGUGAGCUUCUCCAUGGACGCCUUUGUGCGCAUCCUACAGCCAGAGCGGUAUGAGCUGUGGAAACGGGGCAAAGAUCAGGCAGUUGUGGACCACACAGAGACUAUGGGGCCUACCACUCAGGGGCUCACCACCUGGAGGGUGAGCCAAGUACCAAAAAAACCUUGGGGCCUGAGGCAUCACCGGCUUCCCCAGGUGUCACGCUCUCCUCUGUCUAUAGCCACUGACAGUAAAAUUUCUUGCAACACCCGGGUGUGCCACACCUCCAGGCAACCAUCAGGUGCCAAACGUGAUGAGGUCCAGAAGCCUGACCCAGCCACAGCCCCACCACAUCCUCUGGGCCUAUCUUCUCCUAUGUCAACUGGAAGACGUGGUCUGGGUCGUCGCCCUUGUGAACUAGAAGUACAGGAAUCCACCAAUGCGGCUCCAGUCAAGAGGCGCCUGCCACCAGGACUGAGCCCGGAGCUUCAGUCCCAGUCCGCGCGUGGAGAUGUGAUAGAGAACUCUGGACUUGGGAGCCCUGGCCCACAGCAUCCUGUAACAGCUCUGAAGGAGAACUGACCUCUGACCCCUGAACCUGUGUGUGCCAAUAGCUCAUUGCCCUGCAGUAGGAAGCUCAAUAGAACCUUUGCCUCAGACCAUUGACUGAGUUUGCGGGACACUGGCCAUGGCUGAUGGAGCUCCUUGUCAGUUCUAACUACUAGACUCACACUGUACCUUCCACUCUCCGGAAUUGGCAAGCCUCAGGAUGCCAGUAACUCCUGGUCUACCACAGGAGGUAUCAUUGGCUAAUUUCAGCUUAGGCUGCUCAAAGCUGACCUCCCAUCCUCAGGGCCAUUGAAAAGGCUGAAAAUUCAAGUUUUCCUACUCCACAGCCAUUUCUUGCAAAAUGUCUAACUUUUUACUACUAGAUUAGCAGUCACGAAGGAAGUGUCAUACAAAAAUGUCCAAAGUUAUUUGAGAGUCACAGAUGACCUCUUAAAGUUGGUGUAUUGAAAUUUGUCUCACCAGUUUUCACAAAUAAAGGCAAAGCAGCCAAAUGUUAAAAUUA